UUUUCUUUCUAUUAAUCCGUAAAGAACAAAAGACACAGUAAUUUUCAUUCCUCUGUUCUUGCUUUCGUUGUUGCGGUCACAGAUUCCUUCGGUUUCGGGUGGUCUUGUCCUGACCCGACCACCCCUACCGGAAUAUUCUUCUCCUCUUCCUCUAGGAUUGGGGUUGGUGUGGAAUGCAUUGAAGAGAUCUGAAAAAUUUGUGGCGGUGGAGGUUGGGAGGGUGAGUGACUGAGAAAUGCAGGGAAAGAUGUACACAGCUCCACCGCCUCCUAUGCUUUCCGACUCCAGCAGAAGGAUUAUCGAGUCCAAUGGACCAAACCUUCGUGUUUAUCAAGUCUGGAAAGGAAGCAAUAGAUUCUGCCUUGGAGGUAGACUCAUAUUUGGUCCGGAUGCCAGGUCAAUAUUCCUUACGGUGUCCCUUAUUGUGAUUCCGGUGAUCCUAUUUUGUGCUUUUGUUUCUCAAAGACUCAUCAAUGAAUUCCAUCCCCAAAUAGGGAAUCUUAUUGUAGUAACGUGUGUUGUCUUCACAUCAUAUGUUCUUGUUCUUCUCUUCCUUACAUCUGGGAGAGAUCCUGGUAUUAUCCCUCGCAAUCCUCAUCCUCCGGAACCAGAAGAUGAUGGCUCAAGUGUCUCUUCAGAUUGGCCAGGAAGUCAACUUGUUGCUCAUAAUUUGCCACUUACAAAAGAUGUCGUGGUUAAUGGGAUCAUAGUCAAGGUCAAAUAUUGUCAAACAUGCAUGCUGUAUCGCCCACCAAGAUGUUCUCAUUGCUCUAUAUGCAAUAACUGUGUUGAUCGUUUUGAUCAUCAUUGUCCUUGGGUGGGGCAAUGUGUUGGGAAGAGGAACUACAGAUUCUUUUUUAUGUUUGUGUCUUCCACAACCAUGAUCUGCCUUUAUGUUUUCGCAUUCUGCUGGGUAAACAUCAAGGUUACGAUGAAUACUUAUCAUUGUAACCUCUGGAAGGCUUUUCUAAAGUCACCGGUUUCAGGUGUGCUAAUAUUGUAUACGUUCAUGACUGCUUGGUUUGUUGGGGGUCUCACCGCAUUUCAUCUCUACUUGAUAUUCACCAAUCAGACAACUUAUGAGAAUUUUCGUUACCAUUACAAAGCAAAGAUGAAUCCUUACGACCUUGGCUGUCUUGGUAAUAUUGUGGAGGUUUUCUUCUCUAAAAUUCCCAGUUCCAAGAACAACUUCAGGGAAAAGGUCGAAGGGAACUCAUCUUCUGUCUUUGCUAAGUCAAUGUCCUUGAGCCAUGCCCGGAGCCCAGAGAUGCUGAAAACAAGCUUUGACAUAGAGGCGGGGAAGCGGCAGGCUGUAGCCGAUGAGGAUUUUGAAGAGAUCCAAAGUCAGAUUGAUAGUGUUGGUGGACUAGAGAGGUGUGGAACCGAGCCACGUCACACACAUCGUGAUCACAAACCCAGUUGGGAAAUCACUCCUGAGGCACGGAUGUUGGCUGCUGAUUUUGGCAUGCAACAUGGUUUUGAAGGCAGACGAAAAAUCAAUGGAGUACUUUAGAAUUUGAAGGUGUUAGAUUAUUUUAGGGGAAGAUUUUGUGGAGACCUUAGAGCCAAGGGUAAACUUCCUGUACUGGCUGAUUGGAGCUGCUCGCUGAUAUUGCAGUGAAUUUGAAGUGCCCAUCGCUGACAUCCACGCCUCAUUAAUCUCUAGAGAGAUAAAUGAUCUGGUUUGAUUUGGAAACGCAGGGAUACAUGUACAUUGAAACUGUUUGGGCUGAUACUCGGGGUUAGUGUUGUGCUGCUGCUGCUGCUGCUGCGUUUAUUUUCUGGUAAUAUGGUUUGGUGUUGCUUAUUCACAGUUAACUUGAUAAUGUUAAUAGUCCAAAGAGAAUCAAAAGCCUGUUAUUGAGCUCGACCUAAAUCAUUGUUUAUAAAACAGAUACUCUAUUUGAUGGAGGCGCAAGCAUUUCAGAGGA